GUUUGUUUGCUCCCCGCCUCUCUCAAAUCGCUAUUAAUAAAUGAAGAGAAACAUCUACCCUGUGUCUGGUAAAAGAUCUGACGCGGACGGAAAGACACGGUGAGGGGCUGUGGACGAGAUGUGCAUUUAUUAACAAAGUCCUAAGGAAGAAAGUCCAAAACAAAGCAGUUUCCGCUGAGAGUUAUCACUUCUAUUGCAGGUCCGUGCCCACGGAUUAUCCAAAGGAACCUGAAGAUCCUACUCACACAGUUAAAGUCAAAAAUCAAGAAAAAACGUAAGUUUGGUGAGUUCUCUGAAUUUCCUUUUCCAUCCGUCUGUCUCUUUCCCUAUCGCGACAGGCCCGUCACAGGGAGCACAACCCGGCCCCGGCCCAUGCCCGAGCGGGGAGAGCUGCUCGGCCGGCGGCACCCCGGGCGCGCCGCCGCCCCGCAGGUCAGAUAAAGAACGGCCCGCAGAAAGCCCCGCUGGAAGCCGCCCCUGUUCCGCGGAAGCUGAGCCCGGCUGGGGAGCAGCCAAGGCCUGGACCCAGCCGCGGGGAGCGGGUGGCUCCCCGAGGGGCUCCAUAGCUGGUGUAAGAGGCCCCACGGCAGCCACUGCUCCGUGUCUCGCAGGGCCCCUUCGCGCUCCCCAGUGCUCUCCCAGACGAGCCAUCCCCCGGCUCAGGCGCAGCCCCAGCGCUGGCUGCCCAGCUGCCCUGCUUGCGGCCGGGUCCGGCGGCGGCUCCAGCGCUUUCCUUAUAUACAGGGCUGCCCCGGGCCGGCGGCCGGGAAACGUGCCGAGCGGGGGAUUCUUUUGCCGGGCUCCCUCCUACGCGCCGGCUGCUUUGCACUUCUGAAAGUGCCGGGGCUUGGGAAGUGUUUUCCUUUUCAUUCCUGGCCGGAGCGUUUACUGCCACGGCGCUAGCAGUCAUAAAUUUUGCUACAACCGCAAUGACAGGUGCAUUGAUAUGCACCCUGAGAGCUCCGGCUGCUUUAAUAACCGCUUCGCUGGCCGCUCUCACCGCCUCUUAUUUAUUCGGUAUCAUAUUAGAUAUUGAUCCGAAGCAGAAUUAAGUGUAGUGGAAGUUUUAGUAGAGAACUGCUUAAUAUGAAAGUGUCGGGAGGAAAGCGACUGGCAGCGCCGGGCCGAUGUCAGCCUGGGCCAGCCGGGCUCCGCGCACACGCGCGGGUGGAGGUUUGGGCUCCCACCGCUCUCCAGGCAGAGCCCUGAGAGGGCCGGCAUCCCGCAAAAGCACUGGAACCAGUGGCAGAACAAAAAGUCCCAUUAUCAUGUGCAACGCCUAACAGUUCAGAUGAGGUUAACCUUCCUGGAGAGGAAGAAGGGAAAUCUGAAACACAGACAUGGAUACUUUGCGGUUUCCUACCCUCGGUGCCUCCAAGCCCACCUCCCACGGCCCGGCCUCACCAUUUGGAUGUCACUUUUUUUUUCUUUUUCCUUUCUUUCUUUUUUUUUUUUUUUUUUCUUCCCUGUAGGCUUUUUCUGGCCAAACCACCAAGUGUUGAGCCCCUGCUUUGGUGUUACCUAUAAAAACAUCACCCCGGGCCUUUCACUCGUGGAAAAUCAAACCCUGGAUAGGUCUCUCUCUCCCUCCUUCUCUCCCUCUCUCUCUUUUUAAGAUCUAAAGAUGAGCCACCAAACAGUUGAGCAUUGUCCAUGUGAUUUAUGGCCCAUAGCCUCCUUUUUAGGUUCAAGCAGAGUUCACAAGCAGUUGGUAUUUCAGAAAAGAAAUAAGGCUUUUAACAGCUUAACAGCAAUAUUCUUUCUUAAGAUUCUGUGUAUUCUUUUGGGAACUAUAUAUCACAAGGCAUAUAAAACCCUACGCUUAAGGCAGUGUUGUGCUAACAAAAGUCCUCAGUCCAGACCGGUCCCGAAAAUGUAGAUGACAGAAGUGGGAAAAGAGAGACAGAGUUAUUUAGACAAAAAUACUUCCAAGACUCGUCAAUAUUAUCACAUCGUAUUAAAACUUAUUUUUAUCGCCACUGUCCAUUUCUUCAGACUUUUUAAACUAAAAUUUUCCAGGAGAGAAAAACAGUUCCCAUUCUGUCAGCUCCACAGAUCAUCUCAAGCUUUUGUUUAGGAAAGAAAAGGACCCUGGCGGUCUGUGACACGGGAUAAACCGCCGAGAGCGGCCGUGGAUCGCAGCUCGCUGAGGUUGUUUUGACUUACAGAGAUGUGUUUCCCGGUGAUUUUAGAGAAGAGAUCAACGAUACUUGGCGGGACCAACAGUACUUGCGAGAGAAGAGUACUCUCCUAGUAUUGCAUAAGUAUAGGCAGGAGAAGUAUAAUUGUCGGAUACCUUUCAAAGAUUUCUAGCUACUUUUCUCUAGUGUCUUAAGUAGGCUUAAAUCCUGCAGAAAUACAAGGAAAUCUUAAGAUAUGUUGAUGUACAGACUUACAUUGCCAGGUGAAGUAUGUGCUAAUUUACAAAAUUACCAAAAGUGUCAGAGAAAACCCCUACCCCACAAAAAAAAAACAAAAAAAAAACAAAAAAAAAAAAAUUUAAGAGCAGGGAAUAUUAAAAAGCCGCACCAAAACUGCAGAACAAUUUCCAUCUUGUACUAAGCGCAGAGAAGUUUCGGGAGCAGCAAGGAGAAAGGUAACAGCACCCUGCCUCAGAACAUCUGCCCUAAGGGGACUGGGCUCUUUCGGUGGGAGCAGCCUCAUGUGGCAGCCGGGGGGCUGGGAGGGGAGAGCCAUAAGUUUGCAGGCCGGAAAAAAAAAAAAAAAAAAAAGAACCCUCUAAAAAUUACCUCAGAUGUCUCAGGUUCUUUCUACUGGGUACAAAUAAAAGGGACGAGAAACGUUGGAUGAGGGAAUUUAAUUCUUCACAGAAAUAAAAUAGGGGAGCUGACCUGCGACUUCCUUUAUAGUGCAAAGUUAAAGGGAGUGAAUGGCGCCGGUUAUAGUUUAACUCUGGAGGAAUCUGGGGAAAGAAGAAGGGCGGGUUUACAAAGCGGACGGGAUUUUUCUGCCUCUGCCCGGCCGCAGCCCGGGCUCCAUCCAUCAUGUCAACCGUGCCCGGCCGUGCGCACGCGUGCCGGGCGGGGGGCGCGGAUGCUCUCGGCCGAGAUGGGCCGCUGGGUCUUUGGGGACACCACCCAGCACAGUUCCUCACUGAGAGCCCUUGCCUACAGCCGCGGGGUCCGAUCCAGCCAAACUCGAGUGGGAACGGUCCAAAGGCAAAACAAAGAAAAUAAAACAUCCCCAAAAUGCUUCAAAAUGUGGCCUGUACGAUGUCCUGCCGAUGUGCUCCGUCUCCCCUCGCACCGUCGCUCUCGUGUGGCUCUUUCCCUGCAGUGCCCCGGGUCCUUCCCUGAUGCACUCUGCUCUCUCCCUAGUGUGGCCCAGUUUGCCCUGACUCCUGCCUGGUGACCCUGCUCCUCCCCUCUUGUCCCUUGGUCUUUCUUUGGGUCCCGUGCUCCUUCCUUGAUGUCUCCCAGCCCUCUCCUGGGUAGGAGGCCGAGGCCGAGUGUGCCGGGGUGCGGGGGGUGCCGGGACCGGCCUGUGCCAGCCGCUACCAGCCUGUUUCCCCUUCUAAAAGUCUCCCUUGUGUCCCUGUUGUUUCCCUCCUCAGGUGGCUGCGAGUGGCCCGGGCCGACGACGUGAGGCGCGGGGCGGCGGUCAAUGUUAUUUGAGCGGGGGCCGCGGGCCUCGGCGAUCGCAGAGCAGAGGAUGCAGAAAGCCGCCUACUACGACAACGCGGGGCUCUUCGGGGGCUACACCUACGGCAAGGCCGACGCCUACCCCUACGGCGCGGCCCACCAGCCCUACGGGCAGACCGGCCUGGACGGCGAGUACCCCGGCUCCGCCUGCUCCGUCCAGGGCUCGGCGCCGGGCCGCGCUCCGGCCCACAAGGGCAGCGAGCUGAGCGGGAGCUGCAUGCGGCCGGGCGGGGGCGGCCCCGGGGGCAGUCAGCCCCCGGGGAUCGGCGAGCAUCAGCCCCCGGCCCUGCCGCCCUCCUCCCCGCCCAACCCCCCUCCCAGUGUGCCCCCUCCGAAAAAAGCCAAGGGGGGCCCCAACUCCUCGGGCUCGGCCAGCGCCACCCUCAGCAAGCAGAUAUUUCCUUGGAUGAAGGAGUCCCGGCAGAACUCCAAGCAGAAAAACACCUGCGCACCCCCAGGAGAGAGCUGCGAGGACAAGAGCCCCCCCGGGCCGGCCUCCAAGAGGGUGCGAACAGCCUACACCAGCGCGCAGUUGGUGGAGCUGGAGAAGGAGUUCCACUUCAACCGCUACCUGUGCCGGCCGCGCCGCGUGGAGAUGGCCAACCUACUCAACCUGACCGAGCGGCAGAUCAAGAUCUGGUUCCAGAACCGCCGGAUGAAGUACAAAAAGGACCAAAAAGCCAAAGGCAUCAUGCACUCCCCCGUCGGACAGUCCCCGGACCGCAGCCCCCCUCUAAGCGGCCCAAACCACGUCGGCUACUCCAGCCAGCUCCCCGGCGUCAACAGCCUCAGCUACGACGCGCCCUCGCCCACCUCCUUCGCCAAGUCCCAGCAGAGCAUGUACGGGCUGGCCGCCUACACGGCGCCGCUGAGCAGCUGCCUGCCGCAGCAGAAGCGCUACGCGGGCGCGGAGUACGACCCCCAUCCCAUGCAGAGCGGCGGCGGCGGCUUCGCCAACCCCAGCCUGCAGGGCAGCCCCGUCUACGUGGGGGGCAACUUCGUGGACUCCAUGCCGGCCUCAGGUCCCAUGUUCAACCUGGGCCACCUGCAGCACCCCUCCUCCGCCAGCGUGGACUACAGCUGCGCCGCCCAGAUCCCCGGCGGCCACCACCACGGACCUUGCGACCCCCACCCUACCUACACGGACCUUUCCUCUCACCACACCACUCAGGGACGGAUGCAGGAGGCGCCCAAGCUCACGCAUCUGUAGCGGGGCGGCGGCCAGCGGGCCCCGCUCCCCUCUCCAUUACCUCACUUUUCUGACGGGACAGUGUUACUGUGCUCUCGAGUGCCAACAGUAUUAGUGGAUUUGUCUCCCUUAGCAGCUCCCUUCUUUCUUCCGCAGCCCCGAGUAGGUCCGUGAGCAGGAGCCUUUCUCUUAGAGCUGUUUUAAGCAUGACAGUGCAAUAUACUGCCAACCGAGGGACUGAUAAGCUGGUAAUGAUGUACUUGAAGGUAAGUCUUAGAGAUGCUGUAGUGUUAGCAGCGCGUCAUGCUGAGGUGUUUUAGACCAGUCGUGAGCCGGCGGAACUCGCCCGUGCGUAAGCUUAUUAUUUCAGAGAAUUUAAUUUAUGAGUUCUUCCGUAACGUAAGGAUUGCAUUGGACUAAAUGAUAUGUAUUUAUUAUUUUAAGCGAGACAUUUUUUGUAUCACUGAUUAUUUAUCCUCGUCUUAAUGUAUUUAUGUGGGUAUUUGUAGAGUUUCUUCACCAAUAUUUCGGGAGAGGGAUUCAGGUCCGUGGUGACUUACAUUUCACCUAUUUAGUAUAAUCGGUCUGAACUAGUUGAGAGAGUAGUCUUGAACAGUUGUAACAGUGGCUGGUGUUUGUAGUUUAUGUAAGGAUUAAUUAAGACAGCAAGUCGUAAAUCAUUAAUAGAGUAAAACAAACUGUGGCAUCACACAAAGAGCCGUUACACUUAGAAGAUAUUGAAAAUAUUUUUAAAGUAUUUAUUUCUAAUUGGCUGCCCCCCCUAGAGCGCCUCGGUGGCUUGUCUGGCAGCUGGCUCAGCCGCGUGAAGCCACCUUCAGAUGGAAGCGCAGCCACUUUGUGGAGGCGAUCUACAAAGAGGGGCUCUUGGCCAUCUUGUUUCAGAUCAAAUCCUGCAUAGGAAAACCUCGGUGAGGUUAACAUUUAUUUAUUGGCUGGGUAUCUAUCGCGCAUAUUAUUUCAGUGGGCUAUUUUUUUUUUUCCAAUUACACUCUGGCUAUCCAAAAUAGAAAAGAAAUUAGAAGCUUAGAAGGCAAAAAAAUUAGAAACCCUCUGAUAGUGCUAAUUUCAUUAGGGUCUCCAUAGCAAUCCGCGCAGCAGCUGCCGCCUCCUUUGUUAUUUUUAUACUGUUGUCUUUAUACUAACCAUAAAUCAAUUUUUAGACAUCUUUGGAAGGCCGAGCUUUUCCUCUUGUGGUUUGUUUGUUGUUUUUUUUUUUUUUCCAUAAAUACAAACUUUGAAAGAAAAUUGACAAUCAGAUACACACAGCCGAAGGGAGACGCUGAGACGGGGUGCGGGCAGUGGCUGGGCGGUGCCGCCGCACUCCCCCGGUGCCCGGCAAGGACAGUCCCACCCGACCUGACCGCGGUAGGGGGGCACCGCCACCUCUCCCUGCCACGAACAGGACGUUUAACACGGGGAAGAAAAAAAUAAAGUAACAAGAAGACAAAAAAAAAAUAGGAAAAAGAAAGGGAACAAUGCUCUGAACCCUCGUGUUUCCUCCUCUCUAGUUACACGGCUGUAUUGAACUCGCUGGAUUUACAGAGAUACUUCUUUUGUAAACGCUGUGAUUAAAGUCUCUUCCUGACAGUACAUAUCGCUCUGAGAAGACUAUUCUUAUCUCUUUCUAAAAGUGUCGAGUUAAAUAUUAAUCCAAACUCCUAUAUUCCCCUCCAAAGCAUCUGAUGCAUCGCUUUCCAGUUUGACAAACACUUCAGCUCCUACUCCAUCCUCUAAUGACAGACCUGGCAUUCCUAUUGUGAGAAAUAUUUUGCUACCUCCCAUCCUGGUCAAUACAGAAAAAAUUUUCUUUUAUUUGUUCUUAUUUUCUUUCCCAUCCCUGCUUUCUUCCUCGCCAUUUGGUAUAUAUGUUCAGCUGAGCACUAAGGAUUCAAAAUAUUACUUAGGGUUUUGUUUUCCCCUCUGUGAGAUUUCAGCAAUGCUGUGCUACAGUGAAAAGUGUAUCUUUUAUUAAAUUUCACUUUUAACC